GCACAAUAUUUCAAAUUUGAGGAAGCGGUUGACAAAAGCACCGAGCGACUGAUUUAGUAACAAAGACGCAGUUUUUCCCCUUCGUGAGUGUAUUUGUGUCAUCGGUUUUCAUAAUAGGCAGCGUUUAACCUAAUAUUUAUCUUCAGGGGAAAAGAGUUGUUUUGUUCGUUUUUUUUUUAACCCGUCAGAGUUCGUCAAGUGGCAGUCAGGUCGCCGUGAGAGCCGCCAUGACAUCCAAAGGGGCGAAGGACAGCAUCGUCGCCAAACUGGGCUUCAAAUCCGGGAGCUCUUCCUCCAAAGCUGAAGCGGAAGUGGAGCGAGUCCGGAGGGAGAACGCUCACCUCAGGAAGAAGAUGGAGGAGCUGACCAAGCGUCACAUAAAGCCGCCCGACGCGGACAAAAGCAAGUUGCUCGAAAGGAUCGUUUCGCUGGAGACUCUUCGCGAGAGGAACAAUCAACAGUUGUUGCUCAAGGAGCAAGAGCUGGAAACUGUUAGGCAGCAGCUGUCAGCCAAAGGAGGAGAGGUGGUGGCGGCGCUGCAAUCCCAGCUGGACCAGCGGCGCAAGGAUGCGGAGAAGAGGGACCUUGACUUCCAGAAGCUUCUACAGGAGACGGAGAACCUGAAGAACAAGCUCGCCACCGUUUCCGCCCGCUGCCAGUCUCUGGAGACGCAAGCGCUGAACGGGCAGGCGUCCACCGCAGACUUGGCCUUGGUACGGGAUCAGCUGAAAGACGCCCUGGAGAAGAACCAGCAGUGGCUGGUGUACGACCAGCAGCGAGAGGCCUUCGUCCAGUCGGUCCUGGCACGCACGCACCAGCUGGAGCAGCGGCCGGACUCUACUUCUACCGCGGCCGCCGGACAAGAUGCUGCAUCUGAAUCCUCAGAGAAGGAGGCGCAGAUCAGGAGCCACUACGAGCAGUCCGUGUUGGACUUGCAGAAACAACUAGAGGAGCAGAAAGAUCACCUCACCAGAGCCCGGCAGGAGCUCGUCACGCAGAAGGAGGAGGGCCUCAAAAGUCAGGCCGAGCUGCGGCGCCAGACAGAGCGCGCGGCCCGGCUGCAGGAGGAGACGGCGGCGCUGCAACGGCGCUUGGACGCCAAGUGCGACGAGCUGGAGGAGGCCAGGGUGCAGAUGCAGACGGAGCGGCUCAGCAGCAGGAAUGCGGUGUCCUCGGAUCGGGCGGACAGGAUGAGGGCUGAGCUGGAGAGCCUGAACCUCAGACUGGAAGAGGAGAGGAAGAGAUCUGCUGAACUUCUGCUCCAAGUCAACCUGCUGCAAAAGUCUCUUCUGAGCCAGAAUGAAGAGCAGAGGAGGAUCGCGGCGCUGGAGCAGCAGAUCCAGCUCUCGGUCAAAGACUUUGAGAACGAGAAGAUGGACCGUCAGACCGUGCAGCACCAACUUCACAAAGUCCUCAAGGAGCUCCGCAAGGCCCGCGAUCAGAUUGCCAAGCUGGAGUCUUCCAAGCAGCCCAGCAGCCGUUUCUCCGAGCCCGGCUCGUACAACAAGCUGGACGUGGAGCGCCUCAGCCUGGACGACGCCCGCUCGCCCACGUCGCCCAACAAAGUGGGCAGCCUUCUGGACGAGAGUUUUUUGGAGUGCCCCCGCUGCCGGGCCCACUACCCCACCAGCCGCCACCGCGAGCUGCUGGCCCACAUCGACUUCUGCUUGGCCUGACGUGUCAUGUGACGCUUUCCCACCAUCCCCCUCGCCGAAUCGUAAUCAUGCUUUUCGCCGGACACCUUUUUCAUCCAGUCAGUACAUUAAACAAUUUCUAAAUCCCGAAGACCAGUUUUCAUUUUUAAAUACGGAUUUUUGAGGACUUCCUGCAUCAAGUGCCAAAGCUCUUAGUCCUUGUGACUCAAUUUGUAUUUAUUCAUUAGUUUUUUUUUCGUUUGUUUGCGCUACUUACUUUUGGAAGUUACUCUACUCGUGCUCUUUUUAAGAUGUCGUGGAAUUGUGUUUUUAACGGGUUGUGGAGCUCAUUUUAUCAUCAAGGGGGAAAAAAACUUUUUGAUUAAUAUUAUUGGAACAUGCUUGUUGGGAUUUGACACUCUAGCAUUUUUAAAUAACUUUUUUUGGGGGGGUUGGGCAUACCAUUUUUCAUCAUCAGCGAGGAUGUUAUUUACUGGCGCUUUGUAAACAUUUAGAUCAGGGGUGUCAAACUCAUUUUUUGUCAUGGGCCAUAAGCGUAAACCUUUGAUCGCCUCAUCAUAUUUACACAUGAGAUUUAUGAAUUAGAUUUGGAAUCAGAAAUCAAGGGUAAUGGGUUUUUCCCAUCUAUUGUUGAAAUACUUGCGAUAUCUCCAUGUUAUUUAUGAUAUGACUAUUUAAAAUUUUUGUGCAGAUUUCAACAAAAAUCUCGGAAGUUGCCGCACAUGAUUCACCUCCGCGGGCCACAUAACGUCAUGCGGCGGGCCGGAUCUGGCCCCUCGGGCCUUGAGUUUGACACCUGUGAUUUUUAAAUGGACAUUUUUACCAAGCAGACCUUCCCAUUUGGCAGCGAUACAUUGCCGUCAUUUUUAUAAUUUUACAAAUUUUCGUCCGCCCGCUUGCAUCUAUGUCCACGUUGCAUUUUCAUACCUGCAGCCCCACAAGGCCGCAACAAGAUCGCACCGUCUUAAUUCCUUGUACUAAACUAUUUAAGGCAGCGGAUUAGGCUUCUCUGUUGAAAGAAAGGCGUCUUGGUUCCUGCCCACUCUAUCGUUUUUUUGUUUUUUUUUUGGGGGGGGGAGGUUGUCAUUUUCAUCCUAUAAUUCUGAAACCAGCUGAUCAUGUAAUUUUCCUCAUGCUGUACUGUGCAAAAUGUCCAAUAAAGGUGUGGAGAUAACUUU